CAUACAAUUUAUUACAAAACAACAUUCGUUUUAAUUGACAAAAAGUUGAGUAUUGAGAAAAUAUAUAAGCAAAUAUGAACAGAAUUUGCCAAAUUCUACUGCGUCCAAGCUAUGCCAGCAAUUUGGCAACAACAGCACGUACAGUGCCAGUGCUGACAGCUACACGCCGCUGGUAUAGCGCGGACGCAGCCGCUCCGCCGGCCGCAUUGGACAAGGACACACUUGAGAAGCUGGUGCGUACCAACAAGGUGGUCGUAUUCAUGAAGGGUAAUCCACAAGCGCCGCGCUGCGGCUUUAGCAAUGCGGUGGUGCAAAUAAUGCGCAUGCAUGGAGUCCCAUACGAUGCACACGAUGUUCUAGAGAACGAGGCGCUGCGCCAGGGCGUCAAGGACUACACGGAUUGGCCAACCAUACCGCAGGUGUUUAUCAAUGGUGAAUUUGUCGGGGGCUGUGAUAUUCUGAUGCAGAUGCAUCAAAACGGCGACCUGAUCGAGGAGCUCAAAAAGGUGGGCAUUGUCUCGGAGCUGCUGAAGGCGGCAGAGGCCAACGAUGCAGCCAAAAAGUAAAAGUAACCCUCCCCCCCUCCAGUCAACCAAAAAUGUUACAAAUUAAUUACUAAUCACAACGUUCUAUUAUUAAAUGUUUAUUUAAUAUAGGUACAUAUUAUUAAAUGCA